CAGGGUGAAGGUUUUGAUGUUAUGAAAUCAGGGGACGCUCGGGUCGCUCUCAUUGGUUUUCCAUCAGUAGGCAAGGUAAAAUAUUUUUUUUUUUAAUUGAUAAAAAACAAAAUAACAUGUUCAAUGUUAGACAUAUUGCAAAGUGUUUUUAUUACAACACAUGCAGAAAAUAAAGGUAAUAUUCACAUACUUUAAUUGACUGCUUCUCAAAUAGAGCAUUGUUUUAAAAAAAUGAAGUUAUUAUGUUUUUAACUCCACAGUCUACUCUGCUAAACACCAUGACCUCAACACACAGUGAAUCAGCUUCAUAUGAGUUCACAACCUUAACCUGUAUACCAGGUGUUAUUGAGGUGAAUUGUUUGUUGUCUUUUUUGUUGAAAUAAGUAAGUAAAAGUAAUACGUUUUUAGUAUCCCUUGUUUCCAUUGCUUUUGUGUAAACAACCAGAUAUGUACUGUUCGUUAUUAUUAAAUAUGUGAUUUCUUUACCAUCUCAACAUGUGUGACAGAAAAGCUGCGUUUUCCAUUAUCUGUGAUUAUGAAAUCUUUCCGCACAGUUUUGAUAAACAAAAAUGUACUCUUAGUCUUAUCUGUUUGUUUGGGAUUUUAAAGGAAAUAUAUUUUUGAAAUUGACAUGGCUAACUUUUUUUUUUAAAUGUGGCAAGGAGCAAGCUUAUGUGGCAGUCAUGUGUUUGAAUAUUUUUUUUUUUGAAGUCUAGAUAACUAUUUAUAUUUUGUAAAUGAAUUAAAUAGCAAAACGAGAUAAGCAGUCCUUUAAUUUAUAUCUUAUAUUUUGUACUAUUUCAAUGGUAUUGUAUUUCAGUAUAAUGGAGCCAAUAUUCAGUUGCUUGAUCUGCCAGGAAUCAUUGAAGGAGCAGCACAGGGUAUGCUAAAAUAACUACAAUGCUAAUGUAGUAAAAUGAUUAUUUUUAUUAAAUAUUAUAAUUUUAAAAGGUAACAGAAGAAAUUCAGCCUGAUUUUUUUUUUAUUUAGGUGAAAAAUAUAAGGACAAAAUAAAACAUGUGUAUAUUUUCAAAAAGUGAUUUCUUUGCUUGUUUGUGUUUGUUUUUCUUUCAUUUAGGCAAAGGUAGAGGGCGACAGGUUAUUGCAGUGGCCAGAACUGCCGAUUUAAUUAUUAUAAUGUUGGAUGCAACAAAGGGAGAAAUUCAGAGGUAGCUCUUCUGUUAUUACUUUCUUUGAAGCAUUUAUUUUAUUAUUACACAGACAUUAUGAAGUAUCCACUGGCAAAAACUAUUAAUUAAAUCUCCUAUAUUGGCAGCAGAAGUAAUAUUUUAAUACCCAGUAUUUUGUGUUCAUGGUUGACGUACUAUUAUGGUUAUUUACUAUCAAUAUAGGGGGUGGGGGGGGUUUAGAGUUUUAAGCUGGGCUUACAAAAUUAAAUUAGCAGUUAAGAUGUAGUGAGUUUCUAGGACCUUAGCCAUUGCAUUUGUUGAGAAAUAUAAAUUAUGCAUUGGCCAUGGCCUUUGCUGAGAAAUAUAAAUUCUUUGUUGACCUCAUUCCAACCUUAGUUGCUAAAGGUAGUAAUCCCAUUGUUUUGUUCCACAGAGAACUGCUGGAGAGAGAGUUAGAGGAGGUUGGCAUUAGACUCAACACUAGAAAACCAAAUAUUUAUUUUAAGGUAGGCCAUUUUAAUUUUUUUGUAAUUUAUGCAUUUCCUUAUUAAUAUGUUGGUUUUUUUUUACUUCUUAAGUCAUACCAUGUAUUCAUUUGUUUCAUUGUCAGCUCGCUGAUAUAUUUCAUUGACUAUAACACCACUUUUUUAUAUUUUAAUAGCAAAAGAAAGGUGGCGGAAUUUCUUUUAAUUCUAUGGUGCCUUUGACGAAAACAAAUGAAAAAAUGAUACAGCUGAUUCUUCAUGAAUACAGUAUCCUUUAUGUGAUGUUUUAAAGCUUUAAAACAAUUUUCAUUUUAUGUAAAUUUCAUUGGUGAUGGUUGUCAGAAAGAAAGAAAAAAAAAGGUGACAAAAUAUUUUCCUUUACUGCUGACUUAGAAAUCUUCAAUGCUGAAGUUUUAUUUAGGGAGGAUUGCACAUCGGACCAGUUUGUUGAUGUUAUAUUAGGCACUAGAGUCUACAUGCCAUGUUUAUAUGUAAGAUAGGGCUGUUUGUAUUACAUGUUUUAGUCAAGUGGAGCUGGGGGGGGGGGGGGUUUAAAAAAACAUUAGUCUAUUUCUGGGGCUUACAAGAAGAAUUACUGGGUGCAUCAUCUUUGGGAGGGGGGAUAACAGUCUUUGAAUUUGAUGUAUUUUUAAAAUUUUUUAUUUUAAACAAACUCACGGUCUACUGGAUCUUUAGGUGGGGUGGGGGGGGGGGGGUGUUUAAAAAAACAUUAGUCUAUUUCUGGGGCUUACAAGAAGAAUUAUUGGGUGCAUCAUCUAUGGGAGAGUGGAUAACAGUCUUUGAAUUUGAUGUAUUUUUAAAAUUUAUUAUUGUAAACAAACUCACGGUCUACUGGAUCUUUAGGUGUCACUAGAUAGUGCCUCUAAUUAACUCUUAUCACUCCAUGAGUAAACUUAUUUGUUUAGUCCUUCCAAAGGGUACAAUUUAAUCCCAUACCCAUAUAUUUAUUUUUUUAUCUUUUAGGUUUACAACAAGAUAGAUCAAAUAUCUAUAGAAGAGGUUGACAGACUGGCCAAACAACCCCACACGGUGGUAAUGAGGUAAUGAAGAAAAAUAAUUAAAUAAAGUUCAAAUUAAGUGCCGGUCGCCCAAUAAUUCAUAAAUGAAUAAUUUUAUCAGUUAUGAACUUUCUCAUGUGUAGAUAAGAAGAACCAAACAUAUCUGAUAAACAUUGUAUAUUACAUUAAGUUUUCACUGUACAGAAAAUCUCACUCAACACUUCUACCUUUCUACCAAGCAACAAUGUCAAGAAACUAUUAUUGACGUUUAUUAUAUUUUUAUUUCAGCCCUUUUGUAUUAAAAAUUUAGUUGCAAUGAAUAAUUACUCGUUUAGAUGUUUGCAAAUCGAAUAAUAAUUGGAACAUGAAUUUGAUUUUUCAGCUGCAAUUUGAAGAUGAAUUUAGACUACCUAUUAGAAGAAAUGUGGGAACACCUUGCCUUGUUACGAGUUUACACCAAGAAGAGGGGAGGUAAUAGUUUACAACUUAUGGUACCCAAAUUAAUGCCUAUUUACAAUGUAUGGUACCCAAAUUAAUACAGUUCCUCAUGUGUGGUGACCCCCAACCAUAAAAUUAUUUUCGUUGCUAUUUCAUAAAUAUGUGUUUUCUGAUGUUCUUAGUCUUAGGCGACCCCUGUGAAAGGUAAUUUCCAAAGGGGUUGAAAACCACUGUGCUGAACCAUAAAUUUUCAUUGACACCUGCGUUCUAAGUGGUCGACAUUUAAAUAUUUUGUUUAUCCACAGUUAUCAUUUAUCGGCUAAUUUAUAUGUGACCCAGAUUAAACAAAAGUGGAGCAAAUGUUGAGCUACGUUUAGUAUGAUAAUUCUACCUACUAGAUAAUUAUUAUUCGAAACAGUGAUACAUGCAUAGGUGUGUGUUGGUUUAUGAUUUAAAUUAAAGGCUAUUUUAUGCCUAACUAUACAAAAUUGAAAUAGUUAUAUAUUUUUUAGUAUUGUGGUACUAAAGGUUUCAUCCUUCUCUUUUUUUACAUUUGUGUCCAUACACAUGAAUAAUUUUUGGGCAUAUUUUUAUCAGCUUCAUAAUGAAAAUUUCAAUAAAUGAAUGAAUUUACAAAUUGAAGAAUUUUUAAUUUUAAACAAAAAUAAUAAUGGAAAUUUUACCAUUCCCUAGGAUUUUUGUUUUUCAAAUACUAUUCACCUUUGCUUAUUACAGCAUUUCUAACCAUGAUGAUAAAUCAAAAUGAAUGUCACAGAUGAAUUAAUUAAAUAAAUAAAUCUGGGGUUCCCAAAUUCUUUAAUUUUUUAAAAAUUAAAACAAAAAUAAUAAUAGAAAUUUUACCAUUCCCUUAGUUUUUUUUUGUUGUUUUUUUGCCACACAAUUAUUUACCUUUGCCUUGGCCUAAUUGAAAUUCUGUUUUUGGAAAUUUUGGACAAGUAUGUCAUCAUGCAACUGUUAGCAGUGUUCGCAAAGGAUUAGUCAUAUGCCCGGAAUACGAUGACAGCAAGACGUCGAGCAAUAAUGAAAAUUGGAUUGCAGACAGACAAAGUGACAAUGUGACUUCUGGUAGAUGACCUAAAGCAGUGUUUCCCAACCUGUUUUGUGCCAUGCCCCACCUAAGCCUUUCUAAAAUUCUUAUGCCUCCCAUGUAUCAUAUACAUAAUUUUUAAUAUUCAAAAACAGGGUUGUUCACUGAAGAAACUGAAAUGAUUUUUACAACACUUUUAAUGAGCGCUUAUUUUGAUUUAAGACUUAAAUGAUUCUCCUUUUAAAUUACAAGUUAACGAUUUGUUUUCAAAAUCUAGACAGCUCAUUUUUUUAAUUGCCCCCCUAAACAAUCAAAUUGCCCCCUAUUGGGGUGUGGGCCCUACGUUGGGAAACAGGGACAUAAAGCCUCAAUUUAUUCCGGCUGAAACCGAAAUUUGGGCGUGCUCUAAUGUCUAUUAUUUUUUUACUUACAGAACGACCAGAUUUUGAAGAUGGUUUGAUUCUAAGGAGAGGGGCAACAGUGGAGCAUGUGGUAUGUUAAGCAUCAAUAUCCAUCCGACUUUCCAGAUAAAUUAAUUUCAGUGUGCCAAAAUACUUUCAGUGCUGAAAAUGUGUAUACUGAUAGUUCUUGGAACAUAAAUUGCAAAGAAAGUCUUGUCAGUGGAAAAUGUGCACAAUUUUUGUAAAUAUAAGAGGUCACAUACAAAACAUUUAAGUAAAGAAUUGUUUAAAUGGGUUCAAGUCAUAGAAUACUGGAGAAUGGGAAUUUAAAUAUUUAUAAAUUUUGGGUUGGUUUGGGUUGAUGUUAAGGAACAGCAAGAUAGAGUGAGAGGCCUUUUCUAUUUCUAGACCAGUGGUUCUUAACCUGGGUUCUAUCGAACCCCAAGGGUUGGGUGAGUCAGUCUCAGGGGUUCGGCGCAGGUCCAAAAAAAAUCAGGAAAAAAAAAUCAUAUUUUAUUUUUUUCUAUUAAGAAGGGUUCGGUGAAUGCGCAUAUGAAACUGGUGGGGCUCGGUACCUCAAAAAAGGUUAAGAAUCACUGUUCUAGACUAAGCCUACUAAUAGAAAGGCUGCUUUAAAUUAACUUAAUUGACAGCAGAAUAAAAGAGCACUGCCUUUUAAGCAACCAUGUGUCAACCCAUGCCAAACAUGAACAUUUUUGAUAAUAUCAAACAUUUUCAUAAGUUAGUUAUCAGGUGUUGAUCUGAAAUGGUCUUGUACUUAAUUAAAUAAGUUGUUUGAUCUGAAAUGUUCUUGUACUUAAUUAAAUUAGUUGUUUGAUCUGAAAUGUUCUUUUACUUAAUUAAGUUAGUUGUUACAUCCCACCUGUAAAAUAUAUAAAUAUUAUUCCAUUAUUGUCAUCCCUUUCAAAAUCAAUAAAUUUUGUACGUGGAAAAACAAUUUGGAAAGCCUAGAGACGGGAGAUUUUAGGGGAACAUGGUUAUUGUGUAUAUGGUAUGUGUUGAGAUGACUUAAAAUGUUAAAUGCUUACAGAGUAUACAGUAAUCCAAAUUACAUCAAACUUGUAAUCUAUAUAUAUAAUUCGCUAGCAAAGGUCAAACACCAACACGCAGGCUAUAUAUAGAUACGCCAGAGUGUGGUUAAAUAAUGAGUUCACUAGCGCGCAAAUAUAAUUCCUGAUAACUACGCUAAAUGAUAUAUAUUAUUUUUAAUAAUGCAAUUGCAUUUGGUGCAUAUUUUCUUUUCGGAAAUGAAAUUGUCUCAAUUUAAGUAUUGUGUAAAAAAUAUUUGGUUUUAAAGUGGUUGGGACAUGAGAAUAUUAAUAUAGUUCAUGGGCAGGAAAUAAAAAGUGUGCAGGGACGUAUCAUGUAUGAGUUCCAUAGGCAUUAAGACAACGAAAAUUCUGGCAACUCCUGAGAGGCUACUGGUACCAAGCUGUAUUAUCCAAAUAUGAUGUUCCCUUGAUUUAUCCAUAGGCAUGGAGAGAGGUGAUUUGCUAUCUAUGGAACCAACAAAUCCUUCUAAAGUAAAAGAUAAAAUCCCAGGCCGUGUGAUUUUGUCCUGCAAAGCCUACACCAUUGUCACAUUUUGACAGACAUGCCAAAGAAAAAAAAAUUAUUUAAAUAAUGCAGUUGCAAUCACAUUUCUAUUUGAUAUUUCCAGUUUCAAAUACUGAUAUAUAUUUUUAAUUUUUUUUGUAAGUUGCCUAUUGCCAUAAAUGUGAUGCAUCCAAGAAAGUAGCUCAGAAUCCAGGGAUUGAAUAGCAAUUUUCUAAUAUUAUAAUUAUGUUCUUGUGUUUUUUUGCAAAAUAUGAAAUAGGUUUUUUAACAUUUCUUAUUUAUUUUGGAAACAUUUUUCAAUACCUUAACUGAAAACAGAAUGUCAUUAAUAAUUGUAUUCUUGUUCUGUUUGCUGUUUUCAGUGUCAUGUGAUACACAGAUCUAUAGCAGAAACUUUUAAAUAUGCCUUAGUUUGGGUAAGUUGUAAAUAUACCUUAGUUACGGCAAGUUGUAAAUAUACUUUAGAUUGGCUAAUUUUUAAAUGUAACUGUUAAGGUUCUGGAAAGUUGUAAAUGUGGAUUAAUUAGGGUAAGUUGUAAAUAUGCAUUAGUUAGGUAAUGUAAGUUGUAAAUAUGCAUUAGUUUAGGUAAUGUAAGUUGUAAAUAUGCAUUAAUUUGGGUACCAUACGUUGUAAAUAUGCAUUAGUUUGGGUACCAUAAGUUGUAAAUAGGCAUUAAUUUGGGUACCAUAAGUUGUAAAUAUGCAUUAGUUUGGGUUACUAUUUGUUUACAUUAUUUAUUUUGUGUUGAAAGUAAUUAUUUUAACUACUGGUGUCGAAAUUUUAAACUAAUUAUGAAUUAAAUAGCUACACCGAGGAAUGUACUUCAACUCAGAUAAUACUUUUCUUCUUAUGGUUUUCUUAAUGCUGGGGGGGAGGGUUUUGUUGUAUAUUUAUAUAAAAAGUGUUGGACUGCAAUAAAGCUUAAAAUAAUGGUAUCUCAGAUAUUGUAGUUACUGGUAUACUCUAUACUAGUAACACUGCAGAUAGAAUCUAUAUGGAGAACAAAUUAAUAACUAGAUUUGGUACGUUGUCUCCAUAUGGAUUGAACCAAAUCCAUAGUUUUACUUAGCUGCCAUGUCUUUUUCCUGUUUGGUUUUUCCAAUUAUGUUAAAAUGACUUCCUUUCUACUUCUCUUUACUUUGUUUUUGUCUGGUUUAAGCGCCCUCUCCUAUAUUUUUUCUGUUUUAGGUAGGAUAUGUAUAUUGACAUUAUGUAAAUUUAAUUUAUACUUAUUUAAAUGUGUUGUGUUUGUUUGUACUGAUGAAUGCAUAUGCCGAAACGUUUAAUUCUGUAUAAUGUACAAUUAUUAUUAAAGCUAACUCAUAUUGUUCUAUUGACACAAUUUGUUCGUGUCUUAUUAAUAAAUAUUUAUAUAGCAGGCUGUUGAGAAUCCACUUAAAUCUCUUCAUUAAUAAGAUUGUAUCUUGUCACUCUCAGGGUCAAAGUGUCAAGUACAGUCCCCAGAGAGUUGGGCUAACUCAUUUAAUGGCUGAUGAGGAUGUCAUACAGAUUGUCAAGAAAUAAAUUGUUUCAUUGCUGUCAAAAUAUUCUUAGUCCACAAUUGGCUGUUCCAUCCUGCUCAUGCUAUAUAAAAUUUCAUC